CCGAAAGCGUCGCGAACGCCUCUAUCAAAUCGGAGACUUUGAAUCGCGCGGAAGUGAAGUGCAUCCAAGGAUCAGGAUUCUAUAUCCUUUAUAAGGAGCAAGUCUAGCGGAAUAUACACUUUAUUUGGAUACAUCAAAUAAUUGAGUUCUAAACGAAAGUGAAGAUGCCUUACCACCGACUGAGUACUUUGGGUCUGCUGAUUCUAUCUUUGGUCUUGGCCAAGGCGGAUGUCGGCUACCAUUACAACAGACCGACGAGACCCACGGCGCCCUCGGCUCCUUCGGGCGCAGGAUCAGUGUAUACGGGUCACCAGUUCAGUGCGCUGCCAACCAUACAUCCACUGCCUCCGAUUCCGGCACUUCCUCCACUGCCCACGGCCAGAGUUCCGAUUCCCAGGAGUCGUCCCUCAGCUCCGGCUGCCAGCAUCGUUAGUCAUUACCUGCCACCGAAGCCGGUGGUCUCCACAUAUAUUCCACCGCCAGCUGCCGCACCCAUCUCAUCUAUAAGUUUCCACGGAACGCCCACUUUCAAACCCAUCUACGGACCCCCACCGCCGGCAAGGACUUCUCUUGCCACGCCCAUCGUGGUGCCGCCCACGGGACCAGCUCCAUUGACAGCGGGAGGAAAUCUGCGCAUUCCCUUCGGCAAGCAGGCGUUGAUCUCGCCCGGAGAAUCCUACGUGGCCAACGGCAGGCAGCUGAAGCAAUAUGCCGUCAUCGAGAUUAUCGACAACGACAUAGACGAGACCCCGGCACCAUUCCUGUCCGGAACGAGUUUCUUCGAUCGCUAUGGAGCACAUGUGGGUGCUCCGUCCGCCAAUGGAAUCCAGCUGGACUCCCGGGCCAAUUCCCUGCUGCUGGAGCAGCAGCAGCUUGCCAUCCAGCCCCGAUCCCAGGGUGGAGCAUCGGGAGGAGAUGCCAUUGCCUUGGGAUCGGGCGGCCUGGGUUUUGUGCGAUUGCCCAAUGGUAAUGUGUACCUCGGCUCCGGAUCCCUGGGCUACAUCAGUGGUCAGCAGCGGGUGGCCUCUGUUCUGGAGGCACGCACUCGAUCCGAGUCCACAUCGGAUGCCCUGCACUUCGGUCAUGGUCCUCUGGGCGGAGUGGACAAUCUGCUGAGGUUCAAGUAGAGAGGCUACCUUCCUUAUCCGCGUACACAUCCGCACCUACAUCUAUGAAAAUAUGUAUAUUUUAUUGUAAAUAUGUAAUUAAACAAGUUUAAACAACUUUUUGUGUAGACCGUAAGCUUGCUAUUAAACUAUUUGAGAUUCUUGUACAUUUGUCCUAUGCGAAACAUCGAAACUUGAUCAAAUAAAUAUAAAUAUGGUUAAAUAA